AUGGAUCCUCAAGCAUUCCAAGCUUUUAAUGAGCAAGUUAGCAGCUUUGGUUUUCAAAGUUUUAUCAAUGAAAGCAAUUAUGAUCAUUUGAUUGAUCUAAUUAGAGGAGAAAAUGCUGAAGAGCCGAUCCAUAAUUUCAAUCCAAAUUAUGAUGGAGGAGAACUUAUGUUCAAUAGUGGAUUGGUUGAUAACCAAUUUGUUCCAACUAUGCCUGGAGAUAUGUUUGAUUUUAGUUCUCUCAACAACUCAAACCCUAACUCUACCUUCAAUUCAUUACCAGCAUUUAGUGGAGACAUAGAGUUAAGAGAUGAUGAUGAUGAUGAUGAGAACGAUAACGACGAAGAUGAUUCAUCGGCAACCACAACUACACCGACGAAAAGGGGAACCGUCGAUCGAUCGAGAACUUUGAUAUCCGAAAGGCGAAGGAGAGGCCGGAUGAAGGAGAAGCUCUAUGCAUUGCGUUCCUUGGUUCCUAACAUAACUAAGAUGGACAAAGCUUCAAUAGUGGGAGAUGCAGUGUUAUAUGUGCAGGAGUUGCAGUCAGAAGCUAAGAAGCUAAAAGCUGAGAUUGCAGGUUUGGAAUCAUCUUUAAAAGGAGGAGUAGAGAGACUUCAAGACCUUGUGGAUAAACCAAAGAAGAUCCAAGCAGUUGACAAGAAACAUCCAAGUUGCAGGAAGAUAGUGCAGAUGGAUGUGUUUCAAGUGGAGGAGAGAGGUUACUAUGUUAGGUUAGCUUCUAUCAAAGGAGAAGGAGUAGCUGUGGCUCUUCACAAGGCUCUUGAGUCUCUGACUUGUUUUGAUGUUCAAAACUCCAAUUUCAGCACUGUUUGUGAGAGAUUGGUGCUAACAUUUACUCUCAAUGUGAGAGAUUCUGGGGAGGAGAUGAAUAUGUCAACUUUAAAGAUAUGGGUGACAGGAGCACUACUCAACCAGGGUUUUGAGUUUAAGACACCAGUAGCUCCUUGAC